AAACAAGAAAUCCAGUGUUGCAUUUUCCAGAGCACCUAGAAGGUGCAGACCACACCCCAAAUGGCGAAAACUUUACUUCAUCUUUUUAUUUCAUCCCCUCACUUUGCCAAGUAGUUCAGUAUUUGCAUGCCUUACAAUGUACAGUAUGUACUGUGGUUGAUACUCUAGGUGGGUUUAUGCAUAAAGGCGUCAUUCACGAGUGAGGGGUUUCAGUAAUACACUCCCCUCGGACACCUCGAUACAAACCUCAGCCUCUGUGAGCAGUACCGUAUUGUUCAGAACGCAAACGAAUCGUAAAGAGUAGGUGAAUGAAUAGAGCUCGUAUUGUUUACCGUGCUGCAGUUACCACUUAUAUUAACAACCACUAAAGGAUAAGAAAUAUCAAUACAGGUGAGACGAUUAGAAAUGUUAGCCUGCAUUUCGAUAUAUGUAUAGAGUCUCUGGGAUCCUGUUAUCUGUCCGGCAUGCGUUUAUAUUCUGCCCUUUACGGUUCCUGUGUUAUUUCCCGACAGCCCACGCUUGCGCGAGCUUGUCGGAGCUCCGGUUUCUAGGAGACGACGCGGUUUAAACGGGGAGCCGCGGCUGCCGUUGGGGCGAGUCGGACUGUGUCAGGCCGGGCAGGGCAGGUCGCUAUGCGGGGCGACGGGCCGGGUGCGAGUCGGGCAGGACAGGUCGCUAUGCGGGGGGACGGGCCGGGUGCGAGCCGGCUGGUCUACGAUCAGAUGCGGGACGUCAUCCAGACACAGCAGAGCAUCAUCCUCGGCCUGAGGGAGAAGAUGGCAGUUCAAGGGAAGUCGAUGGUACCGAAAGAGAAAUACGAGGAGGUGGCUCUGGAGCUGGAGAGCGAGAGACAGUGGCGUGUGAGGACACAGGAACUGCUGGCCAGGGAGUCGGAGAAGCUGGACUUCGCUCUGGGCGAGAUAGAAGUUCUCUCAAAAAACCUUCAAAGAGAAAAGGAAUCUUUUGAAAAAGCGCUUGCCAGUAUGAAGAACAGAGCACUGAAAGAGUCAGCAAAAAAUGAAAAAAUGAAAAGCAAGUGUAGUCAUUUUGAAUCCUCUGUUCUAAUGCACCAGGCCAUUUUGAAAGCAAAAGAUGACCAAAUCAGAGAACUCCAGAGGAAAUUAGAAAAACAAAAAAACACUUUUAAAGUCCAGCUGAGGGACCUUGAGAUACAAAAACAGCAAGAAGCCUACAUAGCCCGAGAGCUUCCGAAGAAGAGCAGAAGCGGGACCCGUCACCCACAGCCUUGUCCUACAUGAGUGUCAAAUCUGGAGGACUAACACUGGGUCGUACAGUCUUCAGGGUCUCCACUACGCUACUAACAGCCCUGGCACUACAGGGCCUGAGCAAAACCUGGACCCACGCUGUGGACCCUAGAAGCAAAGCAAGAAUGAGAUUCAAUAGCACUGGACAGCGCCUGUGGAUUCUGCUGGGUUUUCGACCCACGUGAUCCAGUCUACUAUACCUGAAGGAAAAUGGACUAAAGUAAAAUCCCAGGCUCACUCCAACAAAGACACUGUAAAUCCAAGCUGUCUACAGACAAGCUGGGACUUUUACUGGAAUGGAGUUUGUCAAAGGUGAUGGGGAUCAGCAGGCAGGGGUUCCAGUGUCCGCCCAAAGCCCUGAGCCCCGCGGCCCUCUUCCUACUGGACACUGUUCACCUGCACAAUCACUGCUGGACACGUAGACAGAAGGUCAAAGUCGUGCUCCUGUGCCCCAUAGCAGGAGAAAACACUCGCAAGUUUGCCUAAAUGCCUGUUUUAUCAGCUUUAUUCAGAUCAGUAUGACAAAAAAAACAUGUCUUCUGAAGAAGAAAACCUCCAUGUUCUUAGGAGAACAAAUGGAGACCCCAGCUUUCAAAAUCACGAUGAAAAUAUGACCGAGUUGUUCUUAUGCGAUGCAGUGCGCAAUAGAAGCAAGCAGCACUCUAUUACAGAAAGGACUUCACUCUGCGAUAUUUUUGGUGAUGACAGCGACGCCCCUGUGUUUUUAAGUAGCAACAUGUCCAGUAAGAGAGACUCCGCCGAAGGCUCGAAGAUCGACGAUGCAGUCUGCGACUCCUCGGGCUCGUACCAUACGGCCUUGUGCUCGGAGGCUGCAGAGCCUUCAAGCGACUCGAGCGAGAACUUCGAGGAUUCCAAAGAGGACCUGUCGCCCGAGCAAACGGACUCGGAGCACGGGGUCGCCCCCGAAAGCCACAUCUCACAGCGCGGGCACGCGGCCAAGAAGAUCGCGCUCACGGCCGGAGUUAAUCGCCCCACAGUAAUGCCCCGUAGCCCCGGACAGCUGGCCAUGCAGGACAGCAGUGAAGUACAGAACACAGGUCCGAUUCCUGAGCCGGAGUGGCGGAAAGAGGGUGAAGUGAGUGUGGCAGUAGGGGGACACCCCUCUCUGAGAGUGGCCUCCACUGAGCCGGUCCUCAUUAGCUCAAGGUCCGUCGGCAGACGCAGCGAAAGUGAUCCCACUGUGGGGGGGGGCAGCUGCGGCACCACUUGCAAGGAGCAACAGGUUCAGCUGUCACUCACGGCCAAGAAUAGAAAAGGGCCUGCGAGUUCCAGCACAGUGCUUACAGACAGAGAGCCCCUGCUGGGAAUGCCAGGGCGCUGUUGUUCAGAGUGUCCGUUCAGUCCGCAGCGGCAGAAGCCGAAAGAACAGCCAGGAAGUGCAAGGAAGCAGAGCAGCCACAGUCCGUCCGCGGCAACCCACCAAACCAGAGACUGCGCCAGCGAGGCGUCCAGCAUGGGCAGUGAGCUGGAUGAAGCAGACAACGAGGUGAAGUGGUUCACCGACCUGGCCUUCAAGAGCUUGUCCAGCCCUCAAGUCGACUACCUUGACAUCUACAACUCCAGCUACAGGUCUUCCGCCAACGCGUCGCGGCCCUCGACGGGGGAGAGCUGCGGGGCUAAUGUGUGGUCAGCGUACGCUGACCUGCGCGGCUCGUCCAGAACAGAUGGCAAUGAUGUCAUUGCGCCAGACAGCAAGGAGCCCGCUGAGCAGUUUGAGAUGGGAAAUUUUGAAUGCGAGGAUGUGGCUCUUGAAAGCAAAGAUGAGCUAAAAAGAGGCAAAAGGACUGUGCCCAAACGUCAAAUCCAGCUCAAGAGACGCGACACCAGCGAGUCGAGAGCAAGUGAGUCCAGCGAAAGCGAAUGUAAACCCACGCACAGGAGCUCUGAGAGGCGUACGCAGGACAUUCUGCUACGCCAGCAUAGCACACCGGCUGCCAUUCAAGAUGGGUAUCACAAAACCGAGGAUGUUACGAUCCGACAGGACAACAAAAAGAAACUGCAGAAGUCUGUCUCACUGGAUGAGACGUCUAGUAAAACUAAAUUUGCAUCUUGCCUCAUAAAAAAUGUGUUGUCUAAGAAGAUGCUGUACGAACACAAACUGAAACAGCUUCAGAGGACUGUUCGGGAUGGGCAGCCACCAGUCACGGUUACUGCUUCACCCGGGCGUGACAAAGGUCUGGAACGCUGCAGGGAGACUCCAAAGAACGACAUUUCAGAUCUUUGCUUUACUUCAGGGGUCAAGUCAGACUGCAGCCUUUCUUCAGAAGAGCUGUCACUGGAGCCUCUGCUGCCUGGCAAAUUGGAGUUAAGCAAUCAGAAUGUGACUGAUACCAGCAACAUAAUACUUAACACCACGGUGAGUGCAAAAACGCACCAGAAGCCAUGUUGCAAAUACAGCUUCAAUGCUUUUGAGAACUGUGUGGAAGGAGCUGCCAAUACGAAAAGCAGCAACGGGAAGCAAGGGAAAAGGUCAGAACUGGUUAUACCCUGUGAGAAGAGGAAGGCAUGCACAGAUGAAGGGAUCAUGAAAGACGAAGCGGAGCACAAUGCCAGCGACAAUCCUGGGCAGCAAUGGCGUGACUCAGCAAGUUCCAGCACGACAGGCAGGGUGGAUGUUAUAAGUACCGCUCGACCCACACGCAGCAAGUCGGGAAGGACAGACAAAGAAGAGCAGCAUCCUGUGAACACAGAAAAGUGUCAACAGCAGGAUCCAAGAGCCAUAUUUAAGUCUGAAGCCCCAGAGAUAACUCUAAAACCCAACACAAAUGACAAGGUUUGGACUACCUUGAGAGUUGCCUGUCUGUCUCCCGACAAAGAAACUGGAAAAGUGGGGAAUGGAGAGUCAUUACGUCCAGUGAGUACACCUGGAGUAGACCAAGAGAAAAACAAAGAAAGUGACCUGGUGGAAACUACCUCAUAUAAUAAAGGAAAAACUCUGAUUCACAAGGUGAGAGAUGUGAGGAAGCUUGUGAAAAAUACUUACAAUUUGUCGUUUAAGGCGCCAGCUGCCCCACCUCAAGAAAGUCAGCUGCCAGAGCCAGAAGAAGCCCUCUUCCUGCCCGCUGGUCCACCACCAGUGUUAAUAGAGUGCAAAUCCAUCAGCAGACCAGAAAGCAAGGCAGAUGACAGCCACAGUGUUACAAAGAAGGAGGAGAAAACAACAUGUGUGUCUCCAGUGGUGCAAACCAGGGAAAACGUUUCUAUUUCCGUGAGUCCCAAGACCAGUAAAAUCGAGAGCAUCUUACUCAAAGACAUGCGUAAGACACCUGAUAAAACCUCCGUUACAAAGACCACAGGUCUGAGAGAAACGCCUGUGAAGAUGCUAGACAGUGAUGGAGAUAAGAAUUCAGAACUGACAUUGGGAGGGAUUAGGAACCCAGAGCUCAGCGACACAAGCAUUGAUCCUCCCAGUAGAGAAAGGGAAAUAUCCACAUUGCUCGUCCUGAAAGAUGGACCAGAGGAGACACCAGCUGCAGGCUGCCUUCCAAGCAGCAGCAGCCAUUCAGUUUCCAUGAUCUUGAAAGAGAAAGGAUUCCAGGCUGACAUAGGAGUCUGCGAAACCUCCAGUGAGGACAGUAAUUCUGCUCCCAAGCAUGUCAACACUCUGGAAGUGCCAUUGCAAACAUGCGUUCUCAAGAGUACAGGCUUAGAGUCAGGAAGAAUGGAGACCCCAGCUGAAGCAGACCUCCCCCUGCCACAGAGUCAAACCCCAGCUGACCUCCUGCCACCAGAGUGUCAGGCUGCAGCAUCGGAUGCCAGCAAAGAGCAACUGACUGAUGAAUGCAGCCAUAAAUCCACACAGGAUUCCAUCUUGCAGCCAGAAAGUCGCAGCUAUGGAGAAUUCAGUCAAGAUCUUUAUGCUUCGGACGACCCUCCUAGUUAUGAUGAAAGGGAGAGUUUCAGCCGGCUUCUUGCAACAGAUCUGCCACCCGGGAAGCCAGACAAGUAUUGCCCUGCUCCUCCCAAGUGUUCAUGUUCUGUUGCGACACAGAAAAGCCCAGCUCCACUGCCGAGUCCCCCAGCCCCCUCUCCUGCUAGUGCCUGGUGCGACAGUGAAACACCAGAAUCCCAGCAGGCGAUGACAUCCCAAACGCAAAGAACAGACACAAGUGCUCUGAAUCACCCGGCGUUUCCUCUCCAGGCGGGGCAGAUGAAGUCUGUGCCUCCAGCUCCACUUCACCCUCCUUCAGCUGCCUCUUUCUUUCCAGUGCAACUGGAGUCUGAAGAGAGGCGGGCGAGUCAGAGGCCAGGCCACAGCGUGACCCGUCAUAAAUCGCCACAGCCUUCGCAUCCCGCCGGUGGAAGUCCUCUCCACCAGCCCCCGAAAACGGCCCAGGAGACAAGGCAGCAACUCCUGUGCAGCCCCAGGGGCUUCCUGUCUCCAUUCGCUGCCGAGUGUGGGAGUGAAGGCCUCCCGUAUCCUGGGAACGUCGCCAGCUCCGCCGUGCCCUGCUUCCAGUACAAUCAGAGUCCGAGAAAAGUGCUGCUCGACCCUGAAACUGGGAAAUACUUCUACAUUGACAUGCCUGUCCAACCACUGCGCAAAAUGUUGUACGAUCCUGAAACAGGACAGUAUGUGGAGGUGCUGAUACCCCAGCAAGCUCUGUCGCACAGCGGGGUGUACCAGAACCCAGCCUCCCCUUAUUCUUCAUUUAUGAACCCAGGAAUGUACAGCUCACCUUACAUGCCUUAUUCUGGGCUGCCGAUGCCUUCUCACCCAGCUUUGCCGCCAGGUCACCCUGACCUGCCGGGCAGCACCCCACAUGGCAGUGCAGCCAGCCAGAACCUGAAGCCAGAGGUGCCGAGCAACCAGCCCACAGAGCAGAACUACCUGGAGAGCAUGUACUACAUUCCCACAGGAAUGACCGCAAGCCCCAACCCUUCACUGCCAGAACUGCACCUGAAACGUCCUCCUAGCUCUUCGGGUGGUAUAAGAAGAUCCUGAAAUGUAUUGUCAGUAGAAGUGCACAGCAUUGAAGAAUAGGUGGGCUUCAAAGUUUGUCCAUCAUGGUCCCAAGUGUGAGUUUUACUGUUUUGUUUCAUUUUAAAUAUAACUUAUACAUUUAUAAUUUUUGUAUAAAUUUCUUGCCGUAGACUAUUUCUUAAUACAUCUGGGUUGGCUUUUCAAAUCCUGUAUUACUGCGAUCACAAAGCUGCAUACGGAGCUCAAGAGCUCAAGGCAUCAGGUAUUAUUUCAGAAUCAGGAAAUAACGGUAGUUGCUUAUUAAGAAAAAUAUUAGCAAAAAAACAUUUUACAAGACAAAUUAAAGAAUUUACAGAUUUAAUAGUUGGUUUAUGACCUCAUUUCCAAACUGUGGAAAAGAACAGGGUCCAGAUUCAGAUCUUAGCAUGGCUGAGCAUGUAGCAGUUACAUGAUAGUUUUAAUGUUGAUCUUUUGCUCAGACGUUACAGUGUGUCCUUUUUUGAAUAGGUAAUCCUCAGCAAGUGAUAAUGUGAUAAAAACCAUCAAUAGGCAAUAGCAUUUUACUAAUAAAUGAAAAAGGAGUUUCUUUUCAGAAAUGCUGGCCAUUCUACCAAAAAAAAAACACUACUAUUAAUAGAUCAUAAGAACUGUAUUACUGAUAACACAACAAAAGGAUUUCCCCACUGUACAGUACCUAUCUCAUUUCUCUGUACUUACUUUCUGAUAUUUCAUAGAUUGUGCUAGCCGGGGACUGUGUGGUCUUGUGGCAGAGGAAAAGAGACCGUUGUUAUCCUGAACAAGUUACCAGGCAUUCUAGUGCUGCAUUCUUCACACGAGCUAUAAAAGCAGUCUUCUUGGAAACGUCUCAGCAGCGGGGGCUAGCGGUGAAUAAUUCACCCCCAAGCCUGUAAGGGUCAGAGAGCUCUGCUCGAGCGCACUGUCCUCAGAGACAGCUGAGGCCUGGCAGGGGGAGUCAGUGAAAGGGCUGUGUUACUUUCACAGCUCGGUGACAGAAAAUACCAGUUGGGGGUUGAAGUCUGUUCCAGGCUUCCAGUCCAGUACAGUUGGGACAAACUGCCUCUUUCAAAUCAGUUAUAUACUCAGUUUGACCUCUGGUAGGGCUUUGUUAAUCUCUCAAAAUGUUAUUACUUCUUGAUCUGUAGGUAUCUGUUGCUUUGUUGUGUUUUACGGAGCUUGUUCUGUUCUGUUUGACUUCAUCAUUAGCAGAAUGUCUGGACUGAAAGUCAGAGAGUGAAAGCAUGUGUGAACACGUUAGUGGUGAAAAAAGUGUUUGAAGGGUUCAGUCAUGUGGGAGAGUGUUUAAAAUGCUGUAGCAGUCGCUGCCCUUACGACUGUCAUUGAUGGGGUCACCAUGUGAAAGCUGUUGGAACUCAAUUCACAAAGCAGCUGUUCCUUUUCAAGUAAUUUCUAACCUAAUGAAAAACCUCUCCAGAUUGCAGCCUCAAUGUGCAUUGGAUUAGACUGUAUCUUUCUCUUUCACAUUAUUUAGUUCAGAUGUGGUUUAAAAACAUGUCCCGCUGUAGACAGUGCUACAAUGACAGAACAUUUGUGCUGAUCAGCACGUCUGUAAUGGUCCUUUCUUACUGCAACAGCGAAGGCGUUCGCACUCAUAAAGACCACCUGCACUGUUCCACAGCUCUUUCAGCUGUAACCUCGUAGGCAUUUCAGUUCUUCUUCGGGUGCAGUAGACAAGACCUCGAAUCGAGGGCCGUGCGGUCACGUCGAAUGUAUGAAUCAGAAUGGAUAGGGUACAGGACUGGGCACUCUGGGAACACUGGGGGGUUGUGGAACAAGGGAUGUGGGAUGGGCCACACCACAGUGAAACCUUCCACACUCCCUUGCCAAAGUAUUCGGAGCCUGACAUGACACCACCAGCGCUGGCGGACCCAGAGCGGGGCUGGUUGGGCUGGAGAGGGCAGCUGCCUCCUGCUCCCCAGCCCGAGCACACAGGGCCUGCCGGCUGGUUGACUGGGAUCUCCAGAGAAGAAAUAACCUGCACACGUUGUGACUGAGAUGUCAUUGACUUUAAGAACAAGGAGAAACGCCGUUUUGUUAGGUGUGUUUAGGAAAGUAAUACAGAAUCCCAAACCAAUUCCGCUCAAAUGCUUCAUCACAUGCUCAGAUGCUUACCUUGGUCAGAUUCUGAUUCACAGACUACAGAGAAGGCACUCGUCCCGGAGUGGAAGGAUUGUUAAGUUAUUUUUAUCUGACAGUAGCAACUGUAAAAGCAGCUUCUCUCUGACGCCUGUGUCUCCUGGGGCACCUCUAGUGUACACAUGUAAUAAAGACACCAUAUGUGUUUCCUC